UAAAAAAGAGUGAGAAAACCAUAUGAACUGCACCAAAAAACCCCUCACAAUACUAAUUUUUUUUUCUUCUUCAUCUUCUCGUUAAUUCUAUUGCGACCGCAAAACGCAAAGUCUAUCUCUCCGCCGAUUGAAAAUCCUAAAAGUGACUCUUUUGCGAUCGUCGUCUUCUCUACCAGCCAACCAGGUCUAUAAAGUUUUAUUCAAGAAAAAGAAACACGAGAGUAUGACAGGACAAAAGGAAAGUGAGAACUCAGACCGACUCAGUGACCUGCCGGACCAUCUACUUCUGCAUAUAAUUCAAUUUAUGAUCACAAAACAUGCUAUUCAGACUUGUAUUUUGUCUAAACGAUGGAAGGACCUUUGGAAAAGUCUCACUAAUCUCACGUUGCAUCACUCAAGAGACGGAUUUCAUAUAUCCAACAAAUUUGUAUCUCAUAUUUUGUCUGACCGUGACCACUCUCUUCCCCUUCAUAAGCUAAUAUACUAUUACUACCAUCUAAUAUCAGAAGACAUUUUGCAUCCAGAUCCCGCAGUUUCCCCCGAAACAACACUCCUAGAGGUCAUGAAAUAUGCUGCUUCACAUAAUGUGCAGCAACUCAAGAUCGAUGUUGGUCAAGGUCUUAUAAAGGAUCUUGAAUUGCCCCCUUCAAUCUUUCAUUGUCAUUCUUUGACGUUUCUUAUGCUUAACUUUCAGCAUCCAGAUUCACAUGACUAUAGUAAGAUAAUAUUUCCAAAAUCUUUGAACUUGCCGGCAUUGAAAACCUUGUAUCUUAGUUUUGUCACUUUCACUACAAGUGAAAAUGGUUGUGCUGAGCCCUUUUCAACAUGUAACAUGUUGAGUACUUUGCACAUUAUUUGUUGUAGUUUACAGGAUGAUGCAAAAACCCUCUGCAUAUCCAAUUCUAACGUUUCUAGUUUAGUCGUAGGUGAUCCUUGCAUGCAUACUAGAGGUUUCUAUAAAGAUGUUGUUUUUUGUACUCCAAAACUUACUUUUCUCACUAUCAUGGGUUUUCUUGGUUGUGUAUCCCCUUCGGUAUCUAAUUUACCUUUUCUAGAAAAAGCAAAUUUUGAUUACGGAUAUCGUUAUAACCCGUUUAAAGAAUCUCUCCUGAUUGAUUGGUUACAUCUGCUUGCUAAUGUCAAGCUAAUGAAUAUCAGUUUCCGUACCCUUCGUGAGAUACAGCAUGGUAUCAUUCCUUGCUUUGUUAGAUUAAAGUCAUUGGAAAUUCAAAUGAGUUGUGAUGAGUCACUGAUAUUUCAUGAGAUGAUAAGAGGAGAGGUUAGAAAAAAGGCAACUUGUAUACUUCAAAAAUGUCUUCAUGCCAAAGUUGAUAUCAUUCUGAAGUCAGGCUCAACUUCUAGCAAAUUAGAAGACGAUGAGGUUUGAACUUUGAAGCCCAUUGCAACAAUAACAGACUCCCUCUGCAUUUGUGGUAGCUUCACCUAAUGCUAUAUAGUAUGUCAAAUAACAUAUUGUUGCUAAUUGAUAUAUGACCACUUGUUUAAUUUAGCUAAUACUAAUUCUAACUUCUAGAAGAUAAAAUUAUUGUUGUUUAUGGCUUAUUCAAAUAAUGCCACAGCUUUUUGUAACCUUGAUUUCUUUAUCAUUUUGGUUCAUAAUUGAUCAUG